AUGGCGUAUCUUUCUAUUGGAUGGGGUAAGCUGCAACAACUUAGGACUCCUAAUAAACAAAAGUAAUUAAAAAAUUAAGCACCUAGGCCAAAGAAAAGCAACAUUGUUUCCAAAUGUUCAUACAUGGCAUGUAUGACCCAAAGAAGGGCAGGGAAAAAAUACUGAACGGCGAUGGAAUUUUAACUCGUGCUCUUCCGGGGUACUAUCACAGACCGUUUUGAUUAUUCUGGGCAGAUUGUCGAUCGUGCCACAUUACACUUACAUUUUUAAACAUACAGUUAAUUUUAUGAAGCGAAUUAGACUUUCUCAAAGUCGUUCGCUUGGUUUUCUGGUCUGGUGUGGUAGGACCCGGCACGAACGACUUUUAUCCCUUGCAGCGCGCCAAAUUUACAGGAGGAAUUUUCCUCCUGUAAUGUUAUCCAAUCAGAAGCAGCCUUAUCAAACCGCAUGUCAAUCAAACAGAUCACGCGCGCAAGAUCUUGAAACAUGAAACCUGUCUGGGUGAAAGUAAAAUUUGCUUCGAGUGUUUUUCUUCGCUGUUUGUUUAUGUAGAGGCUUUUACUAAAACUUAAAUUUUCAGCUGGUUGUACGAUGCGUUCAGUCAAGGACGCAAUCGCUUAUGGGUUGCGAAAAGCACAGUACAAAGAUGUUCGUGAACAUCAAAGGAAAGUAAUCGAGGGUUACUGCAGUGGAAAAGACGUAUUUCUUUCGGCGCCAACAGGAUCAGGAAAAAGCUUGACUUUCGAAGUUGCUCCCUAUGUUUUCGACUAUUUAGAGCACGGCGAAAGACUGGAAGUGUGUUCUGUCUGCUUAGUUGUUGUGCCACUGGUCGCCCUUAUGAAGGACGAAGUUACCUCUUUAGUUGCCCGAGGGGUAUCGGCUGCUUCAGUUGGAGCAGACUGCACGAGGGAACAAGUAAAAGAAAUUUCGGAAGGAGAAUACUCGCUGGUAUUUGGAAGCCCCGAAGCUCUCUUAAAUAGCCACCGAAGUAUUUUUCACGGCAAACUCAGGAAAAACCUUAAGGCUGUUUUUGUCGAUGAAAGUCACUGCAUUGCAAAAUGGUGAGCGAUUGAUUCGUUAUUGUUUGCGAUAUACAUUUGCAAGACUACAGAAUACAAGGUCACCUGAAAAUUUACAUAUCAUUUAAAAUAACAAAAGCAUCUAUUGUGUUACGGCUCGUUCUAAGAUGCAAAUUUGCAAAUUAUUUCCUAGACUUUCUUUUGGUCCAGAAAAGUUAGCCCUAACUUGAAAAAUUUUCUUUGUCAGCGUUUCGUUGCGUUCCGAGCAGUUUCGGCAAAUAGUUCCCAAGUCGUUGUCUCGCGGAAACACAUCUCCAAGAAGAAGCUCCAGACUUUGACACGUUUUUGUCUUCUGUUUCCCUGAAAAUAGCUUUCUUCGUAACGCUGGAUUGUCCAUCAGUUUGCCACAUUGAAGGCAAAUGUCUUCCGGCACAACAACCCGAAUAAAAGUUUUAGUUGGUGUGUUUUCCUCCUCCAUUCCAUUUAAAACCAAACCAUUGAUCGAUUUCGCUAGGUGCGAAAAGUAUUUUGACAGUUUGACAGGCAGCGCUGCAUGCAGCAUCAUGAGAAGUUCGCGCCAAAAUGACGUCACUUGAUGUGAUUCGCUGCAAGGGAAACAAGUCGAGCUUUCGCUCGCUCGCGCUAGAAGCGAAUAUGAUCAUUCAACUGCAAGGAUCAUGUUCACUUUCAUUCAUAUCUUUAUCCGCAGUUCAAAAUAUGACUUAUUUCAUAUAUUUCAAUGUAUAUUAACUAAUAAGGAAGGGUUUAUUACAAGAAUUAAUAAAUUCUCUGAUGAAUCUUUAUUUCCUUUUAACAUUGACCUUAUAUCAGGCAUUCCAGCUGCUAUUGUCGCCAUAACAGCGGCAGCAAGACCACAGACGUAUGACAUGAAUCAGAUCAUCUUCGAGGACUUCAUGUGUGGAUCACAGAAGUUUACCUCAACUGUCAAUAGAACAAGGCAAGGCCGGUUAUUUUUCCCUAUUGACGAUAUUAAUAUAUGGGGAUAAAACGUUUAUCUCCGCUUGGAUUAGCACUCUUGAAAGAAAAAUAUGUUAAGUUGAACUUAAAAUUGAUCAACGCAUACAAAAAAUCCCUAAAGACACUGUCAGCAGUAGCUUUCAUUAUAGAUUUAGUACAUUUGCCAUAGAUUUACUAACUUAUUCUUUCCAAAUAUUUCUCCUUUUCUGAUUGGCUAAAAUCUCCCGGCUUCUGUUCGUCAUACCCAGCUUUGGAAGACAUGUUUUUCUUGAUCGACGUAAAGUUGCCGUCUUCAUUUGUCUGUUCCUCGGCAUGAAAAUUUAUGAUGUAAAGGGAUGUUUAGUCUGGCACAUAGUAGUUUUCAUCUGUCGAGUUGUAUUUUUGCUAUUCUUGCCAUGUUUUUAGGCUGGGGGUUUGGCUAUUUCUUCUUCACAAAGCGCGAAAUUUUUCAAAAUCAACUGAGCUGACACAACCUCGUCUACAGGGCUUCCCAGUUGCCGUCCCUUUUUCUGGUGAUAGCCUGUACUAUUGACGUCAUUUUACCGGGUAUCGCAAACGUCUUCCAAAUUUGGUCAGCACUAUGCGUUGGAAUAUGAAGAACUAGCGGGGGAUCAGUCAGCCAAUCAGAACGGAUAAAUGUUUUGAAUGAAUAAUAAUAAUUGUCAUUAUAUCAUAACUUUUUUAGUUGUUGGUUGAACGGAAGCAAGUGGCUUUACACAGGACCUGUUAUGGGUAUACUUCUGGUAUGAACAGUUUUUUGCUUUUAAAAUAGUUAUGUGCGCGAGGUAAGAAUGUUUUAAAGUAUUUCUAUUCUGGACGUUAUCUACUCCGUUUUUAAACCCAGCAAAGAUAUCCUCUUUGUGUUUCUUGUCUUUUAAAGGUUAACACAGUUAUCUUUGUUAUGUUGCUCAAAGUCGUGUCUGGCAAACUAGACUCGAGACACCACAGAGAUGCAAUAACAAGAACAAGGUUAGUAUUCAAUGACUUUGUUUGAGAACUGCUGUAGUGACAUUUUUAAAAGAGUAUAAACGGACCAGGGGCCCGUUUCUCGAAAGUUCCGGUAACUUUUCGGGCCCGAAAUCAAACAUUCAAAUCGAAAUGUAAAGAAUAAGAGCGCCGGUCCUGGCUAGCAAACUACUCCAUUUUGUUUCAUUAACUGAUAGUUAUAUCAUGUUAGAUGCAAAACUAUUGAAACGUCAAUCUUUAAUGUAAACGGAGACAGCUUACCGGGCCCGUUAAUUUUCGGGACUUUCGAGAAACGGGCCCCUGUACCUUAAAUACUAUGUCCUCCAUUGUUAAUUAGUUUUACCAAUUACUUUUUAUGAAACUCUUAGUAAUAUCCUUACGGUCUAUGAAACGUUAAACAAAAACAUAAGUGGGAUUUACCUUAUAAAUUCUAGUUGGUGAAAAUGAGAAAUUUUGUCUAAUCACAGAAAAGGACUUAAGAGUGUAGCGGCUUUGCUUCCUUUAUUGGGUAUCACGUGGAUAUUUGGGCUACUUGUUAACAUUGAUGAGGCACUGGACUAUAUCUUCAUUCUCUUGACUUCAANAUGUUUUAAAGUAUUUCUAUUCUGGACGUUAUCUACUCCGUUUUUAAACCCAGCAAAGAUAUCCUCUUUGUGUUUCUUGUCUUUUAAAGGUUAACACAGUUAUCUUUGUUAUGUUGCUCAAAGUCGUGUCUGGCAAACUAGACUCGAGACACCACAGAGAUGCAAUAACAAGAACAAGGUUAGUAUUCAAUGACUUUGUUUGAGAACUGCUGUAGUGACAUUUUUAAAAGAGUAUAAACCGACCAGGGGCCCGUUUCUCGAAAGUUCCGGUAACUUUUCGGGCCCGAAAUCAAACAUUCAAAUCGAAAUGUAAAGAAUAAGAGCGCCGGUCCUGGCUAGCAAACUACUCCAUUUUGUUUCAUUAACUGAUAGUUAUAUCAUGUUAGAUGCAAAACUAUUGAAACGUCAAUCUUUAAUGUAAACGGAGACAGCUUACCGGGCCCGUUAAUUAUCGAGACUUUCGAGAAACGGGCCCCUGUACCUUAAAUACUAUGUCCUCCAUUGUUAAUUAGUUUUACCAAUUACUUUUUAUGAAACUCUUAGUAAUAUCCUUACGGUCUAUGAAACGUUAAACAAAAACAUAAGUAGGAUUUACCUUAUAAAUUCUAGUUGGUGAAAAUGAGAAAUUUUGUCUAAUCACAGAAAAGGACUUAAGAGUGUAGCGGCUUUGCUUCCUUUAUUGGGUAUCACGUGGAUAUUUGGGCUACUUGUUAACAUUGAUGAGGCACUGGACUAUAUCUUCAUUCUCUUGACUUCAACUCAGGUUUGCUUUACUUCUUAUUGUGCUUUACUUUAGAGGUUUGAUUUACUUGUUACAUGCCUCGUAUAGAAAAUUUUAUAAAAAAAGAAAAGAUAAGCAAACUCUCACGAACUGCCAAAUUUAGUCUAAAACAGGAGUUCAUAGGCUCCUGGUCCACAAGGCCAUUUUAGUACAAAUUAAAAGGAGGUUAGUAAAAUAGGAGAACUCGGUAUUUUAACUCAUCAGCUUCACUUAUAAGGGUCCAAAACGGAAUAUAAAAGGACCGUGUUCAGCUUACUAUUAAGUGAACUGCCCUCUCAAGUAAAUAAGCCAGUUUAUAGUCGAUGUGACUGAAUUUUUAUACUGAGGUUCGGAAAUCGCUUGUUUUUCAAGGAUGAUGUAACUUUAAAAGUUUCUUAGAGUAUAUAAAAACUACAUGAAGCUUUUUAUUAUAUUAUUUCUAUGGCACAGGGCAUCGUGUUUUGCAUCUUUCACUGCAUUUUGGAUGCCCAGGUGAGAAGUUCAAAUCGAAAGAUUAUUAUCUGAUGGUCAUAAUAACUAUGACUCAUUCAAAAUAUUUCUAUGUUUAUGAUUUGCUUAAAUCACCCAGUUAAUUCUUUAUAACCAGCUACCUUUGACCAAAUUUUCGAAGAUGCUUGCCGAUAUCAAUACAAUUGACGUCAAUUGUACUGAUAUCGACAGAGGGAAAGGGACAGUAGAUGGCGUGGUAAAGUAGUUCAGCCGUUUAGGGAAAGCUGGAGAAUAUUGCGGGGGAUUUUACGCGUUACACAAAGAGGUGACCAAACUACUCCCUAAACCCAACAUAGCAGGAAUAUUUAACGAAAAUACCACUCAACGAAUGACACCUGCAGCUAUUGCCCUUUAUGCCGGGAGAAACAAGGAACGUGCAAACGGCUAGGUAAACGGGAACAUAAUAUACAUCGAGGCAGCCCUUAUGUUUUGUUGAAGAUGGAAAUAUUUUGUACAAUUAUUGGAAAUAUAUUCUGCUUUCGUAUGACAUGAUUGCACAGAUCUAGGAGGGUGUUAUUCCCCUAUGCCUUCGGCUUUAACAGAUAACACACUACUCCUCUAUCUGCAUAAUUCUUUCUAUAAUACUGUACUCAUUCUUAUUCAAUAAUUGCUUAUACUAUCAGUAUGAAUGUUUGUAAAUAAGGACAAGUCGACGAAUUAUAUAUUAAGCGCGAGCUUGGCUUUACAAUGUUAAUUUUGGCAUCAAUUUUUGUAUUUCAGGUUAGGAAUGCAAUAAAGCUGAAGACAAGGAAGAAUGUAUUUAUCAACAAGGUAUGUCAGAAUUCAAACAAAAACGGACUGUGGACUCUAUUUCACAUCUGGUAUAGCAUUAGGUUUAUUAUAGAUCAAAAGUGGAUGAUGUAUCAUCUCUUGGUUUAACUUGUAAGUCUAGUCUCAGCUGACACAGCGAAAAAUAAUACAAGAUAAUACAAGAAUUUAUAUAGCGCCAUUUCCGUGAGCUCAAUGGCGCUGCUACGCGUUCGUAAGAGCUGUCUUUAUACUGCGGAUGUUCUGUCGUAAAUUUGAAAUACUUGUGGUAAUUUGUAAAAUAUAGAUUUAGCCAAGGCUAACAGCGAAGCUCUCGAUAAUAUUUAUAGUUUACUCAAACAAAAUAUAAAAUCGUGUAAUGCUAAGCGGUGAAGGCAACGCCGGAGAACGGUGAAAAACAAUAGGACCAUUUAUACGAGGAAAAAUAAGAAGCGUCUUACAUAAGACGCGAACUUUCCUCUGAGAAGCGCGGAACUAAGUAAAGAAUGACAAAGGGUUCAUGACUGGGGGAAAGUGCGAAAAUAUCCUUACUUUGUCAGACUUUUCCACACUUCCACACCUCUGAGAAGUGUGGAACUUAGUAAAGAAUGACAAGGGGUUCAUGACUUGGGGAAAAGUGCGACAAUAUCCUUACUUUGUAAGACUUUUCCACACUUCCACACCUCUGAGAAGUGUGGAACUUAGUAAAGAAUGACAAGGGGUUCAUGACUUGGGGAAAAGUGCGACAAUAUCCUUACUUUGUAAGACUUUUCCACACUUCCACACCUCUGAGAAGUGUAGAACUAAGUAAAGAAUGACAAAGGGUUCAUGACUGGGGGAAAAGUGCGACAAUAUCCUUACUUUGUAAGACUUUUCCACACUUCCACACCUCUGAUAAGUGUGGAACUAAGGAUGAAAAAGGAAAGUAGGGAUCUUGUGGCCAGCACUGGACAUUUGUGUCACUUUGUUACGGCCGCUACAAAAUUUUCAUGUUGUUAUUUCAACAAAGAAAUGUCUCCUUUGUUUUUUAUCUCUCGCUCCAUAUCUCUGUCGCAAUUUUUCUCGUUGAGCUUCGCUGGCCUGCCGCCCACUUUCUCUUUUUCGCAGUCUUUCUCUUGCUCUACAUUCCAAAUUUGUGGACAUGACAAUUAAUCUAAGCUUAAUAUUUUAAAAAACACAGAUACAGAGACAAUUUCCGCUUUCUGUUUUCGUAUUCAUUGUUGUCUCUGCUGCACAAGACGAGAGUAGCUAUGCGACUUCCCGUCAAAAUAACCUUGAGUUGUGUUUGGGUUGCCACACCUGUUGAUUGAGUUGUCUUACAUUGGUAUGCCUGUGGUGCCGACGGACAGUCGAGCGGGCGGGCGGUCGGUGUACGGUCACGCGAUUACCAAAUUUUCGCGGAUGGGUAGUUUACCACAUUUUCUUACCCAUGGUGCUCUGCUGGGCGCGCUUCGCGCGCGAGAGCUCCACUAAUAAUUUUACCCUUUGGCGUUUUACUGUUUAUUCUCACUGCUGACCCAGUUAGCUUCGCGAGAUUUUUGCGAAAACGUAUUUCUAGUUUUGUCUUAAUUUGGAAUACGUUCGCAAUUUGUAAAAACUUCGUCGUAAUUUGUAAUAAAAAAAGCUGUCGUAAUUUGUAACAACACUUUGUCGUAAUUUGUAAUAAGCAAAGCUGACGUAAUUUGUAAUAGCUUUCUCGUAAUUUAUACUAAUAAGCAUUGUUUAAACUUUUCAAUCACGGCUUGUUCUUCGAGCGGUUUUUGAUCAUCAAGGGGGCAGUACAAGGUUGAUUUGAACUCUUUUGCAAAAAAACGGUUAACUUUUUGACAUAAAAAUUUUAAUAUGAAAAACGAGAAAGGGUGAUCUGAGCGAGCUAUAUCAGACUCCUGUUGAUUUUAGUGCAAGUUUACAACAGUGAGCAGUAAUUAGGACAACCUUUUAAAUUCUAGUAUGCCAUACUAUGGUGAUGAUAUUAGUUAAGUUAGUGAGUUAAUGACAGUUAUGGUCAUAAUAACAAUAAUGAUGAUAAUUUUUAAUAAGAGUAAUUAAAUAAAUCCCCAAUUUGUCUUUUAUGCUGUUGGAUGGAAGGGUGGAAAAAUUUUGGCCCAACUGCGCUCCUCUGUCGGUGUUUGCUUCUUAUAACUUACAUAUUCCUUCAUGUAAACAUUCAAACCGGGGGGGGAGGGUGUUGAAGACGGUGUUAUUGCCAAAUCCCUACUGCAAAAGACUGAUAAGACACCGAACCCAAGAGAGGAUAAAGGGGACAGAGAAGGCAUCCCCCAUACACACCCUAUUCCAUAGGUAAUUCGUUUCGAGUUAUUUUUAAGACCCUAGAUCCCAAGGGGGAUUAGCCAACAGCCAACCACGUAGCGCGAAUGUGUUCCGCGUGGAUGACCCACGCUCAGAGCCACGCGUCCGUCACGAAUUGACGCAGAAAAAAAUGGUGGAAGACGCGGAGAGCGAUAUUGCUAUUUGUUUUGUCGACGAAAACGGCUAAAGAGAGAUUUCUGCUAAAGCUGUGUCAGCGAAACGGAAAUUAAAAAGAAUCGCCCUUCCUCUCUUGUAUAGAGCUAACAGUACAGCAGGGAAAUCCUUAACACACUGAAUUUUCUCUCAGGAUCAUUUAUAAUUUACAGUUUGAAGAGAGCAAUUUCUGGUUUGAUAUUUAUUCUUUUAUUAUCUUUUAUUAUUCAACAAAAACAACACUUGGCGUCCCACUUGCUUUAUUAUACAUACGACCGGUUUCAAUAGACCGGCGAAAUUUCUCAUUUUAUUAAAGCACGAGGUUACGACAACUUCGAGUUAAACUGAUUUCACGGGUUGUCAAAGAGUCCAGGGAUUCCCUUUUUCCAGGUGAGCGCCGACUCAUUUCGCUUCAAUAUUCAGAAAUGCUCUCGAUCUCUUUACGCUUUCAUUGCCUGUCGCCCGACAUGUUUUGCAGGCGUUUCGUCAUGCGAAACUCCACGAAACAUCCACGCAGCGCGCGAGGUAACUUGAUCUCGAUUCUAAAAAUAACUCGAGACGAAUUACCAAUGGAAUAGGGUGUGUAUGGGGGAUGCCUUCUCUAUCCCCUUUAUCCUCUCUUGACCGAACCUGAAUGCAUAUUAAGUGGAAUCAUAGAAAAACUGGGUUAAAUUUAAUUGUUUUUCAGUGGAUAAAGAAAAAAAAAAUGAGAUACUGACUUAAACUACUAAAACUAGGACUUAUUUUGAAAGUGAUCAAAAUUUAUCGAAAUAAAAUACUGAAACAACAGUGAUAAUUCUAGCCUGUUCCAGGCUCUCAGAGAGUGGGGAAGACGCGAAAGUAAAAGGCACGCGAAAAAUUGCAAAAAGGCCAAUGAAGAUUUACCACAACUAAACAAAUUCCAAUUAAUUAACUUCAGUAGGGCAUGACAGAUUUGUUAAGGAAAACAAGUCAAUUUUCUGCGACUCAACAUUGUUUUACGUUAAAUGUGCUACUUUUUUCCAAAAAAAAUGUGAACAACGGUAAACCACAUGACCAUAUCCACUCUUCUUCAACUUCAGCCAGGCAUUGGAGCAUUUUUUGCUCAAAAUUAUUCUACGUACUUCUAACACAGCACUACCCUGAGGCGUGGACCCUGCCGGCGCCUAUUGUAAAUAAUAAACCAUGGCCAGGUAAAAAUGAAUCAUAAAUUUGGAAUUAUUUUUACCAGUCACAUCGUUUGAUUAAAGUUUAUUACAAAUCACCACAAAGUUAUUACAAAUUAGGACAGCUUUGCUUAUUACAAAUUACGAGGAAUUGUUGUUACAAAUUUAGUUUACGACAACUUUUUUAUCACAAAUUACGACAGCUAUUACAAAUAACGACACAACAGCGGAGAUGUUUUACGGCAAGGUUUGAUUGUCUGAAGAACAACGUGAACUGCUAUAAUGUCACAAUGUGCCUAGUAGGUUAAAAUUAUAGUUUGCUGAAUAUUUGUUGGUUGAAAUCCAUAUCAUCAGUUUUUUUUUUUGUUGCAGGCCAUUAUCCCGGCAGCGAAAGAAAGAAAGAAAUACACAGUGACAAGAGUUGUUGGAAUACGAAGUGACGAGAUA